AUGUCGCAGACUAAGAAUACGGCUUUGCCGACUGCACAGGUCAUGACGCCUGAUGCUUCGCAGAGCGCCUCGGGCUCCACGACGACGCCGCGGCCGAAGGGCCUGCCGUUGUACAAGAUCUACGAGCUGCCUGCUCCCAUACGGACCUUUCCGCUCCCUAGCUUCUACCCGAAUAAUCCAAUUUCUCUUUUCCAUGUCCUGUUUGCGUGGACGAAACAAUCCUUGUUCCCACCGCCUGCUGAGCCGUCCAUUGUGCACGAGGGUAUCUGGUCCCCAGAAUCCAAAUCUGUCAACGUCACCGACGAAAAGUCCAUGCGCGCGCUGUGGGAACAAGGGUUCUACGGCAAGGGCAACUUAAGUAGGAGUGAGCCCAACUGGCUGAAGCGCGAGCAGGUUAGGCGCGGGCUGGUGCCGGGGCAGGUCAGCGAGCUGGUAACGGCCAGCAGACGUGAAGAGCGAAAGCAGAUGAAGUGGGAGAGGGCCAAGUCCGAACAAGAGGCCAUCAGGCAGUUACGGAUCCGAGAAGCACAACUAGCCGCUCAGGUGGCAUCCGCUGAUACAGUAAAACCGCCAACUUUGGCUACCGAGGCCGAAGAGUCCUCGCCAAAGCUCCCAUCCAACCAUGUCCCUGCCCGAGAAACCUCAACGGACGCGGAACCCGUGCCUGAAUCAACAUUACCACUGCCUAAAUCCGACCUUGCGGUCAACGCCGUACAGAAGGACGUACCUGAAGUAUCUCAAGACGCCCACCAAGUCACGUUCCGCGCCGAACCUGAGGCCCUUGAUCUGUCCGUCAGAGACGAUGCACCUACAAGCAAUGGGACUACCGCUCGAUUGAUCAAUGGUGUGUCGUCGUCUCACAACACGUCGGCAAGCAUUGCUGCAGCCCACUCGGCGCCCCAGCAAAAUCUCGAAGCAGACAUCAGUUCCGCCAAGAUCGCCAAGCCCAGUGACUUCCUACAAUCAAGAGAGGAAGCCUCGCCUACUAUUCAUUCAGGAAUCGUCCCCAAGACAGUCGAUAAAAUGCCCACACCAGUUUCAUUGGCUCGGGCCCCUGUUGGGCCGAUGGAACUUCUUUCUCUUCCCAACUCUCACCCCUUCUUAGUCAGCGUUGAGCAAGCCAAGGAUGUCUCGGAGAGCGUCGAUGUAGUGAUCGACCCCAAGGUCGUUCUUCAAUCCUCAGCCCCUAAUGACGAUUCUGUGCCGUCCGUCUCGGCUACAGUAUCUCCCGUCGGGCCGUUGGAGCUGCUGUCUUUACCUAACGCAAACACACCGCUCACCAACGGGACAUCGGUCGAAGCCACCAGCGCUUUUAAUGCCUCCCCUACAGAAAGCUCUCCGACUGGGUCGCAGAAGCUGUCAACGAUCCAUGAGGAUACUAGCUUCAGUGGCUCGGAGAGCAGAAACCGCGCAGGAUCUGGGCACCUGAUUAACGAUCUAGUCGACGGCGACAAAGUGGCCCAUCUGAACGGGUUGAACGGAAUAGCGAAGGCGGCGAUGGUCUCCACCUCUACCGAAAUUCCGUUGACGCCAAAGUCCGGCAAGCGUCGUAAGAGCGUUCGCUUCUCGCCCAAGGUUGAGUCGACCACUUUCGAACACUCCGACCCUCCCAGCCCCAGCCUGGCCCUGUUCAACGCAACCAACGGAAAGGCAGCACCGCCUGCUGAUGGCACUUCGCUUGGACCUGGUGUCCUAGAGGCGGGUACCAAAGAUAUUGCAAAAUCUGACAACAGCAACCGGCUCGAGCCCAUGACCGAAAUCAAGGCCGAGACUACCGAGAUUGCCAACAGGGAGCACCUCCAGCUUACCUCUGAGGAAGCCUUCUUCCUCUCUUUCGGAAUGGGUGCCCUCCGGGUCGUCGACCCUGCCACCAAGGCGCCGAUCCCGACCCCCGAGCUCUUCAACCUGUUCCGGUCGUAUUCCUACUUCCCCUCGCAGGCCGCUGGGGAGCUCCAACCAGACGACGGGUUCCUGGUCAAUUACGCCGUGUACCACCACUUCCGCUCGCUGGGAUGGGUUCCCCGGGCCGGCAUCAAGUUUGGCGUGGACUGGAUGCUCUACGCCAGAGGGCCCGUGUUCGACCACGCAGAGUUCGGCGCCAUCAUCCUGCCGUCCUACUCGGACCAGUGGUGGAAGGAGAGCGACCGCCGACUACCGCGCAAGACGUGGCACUGGCUCCACGGCAUCGUGCGCGUCCUGUCGCAUGUCCAGAAGAGUCUGGUCCUGGUGUACGUUGACGUCCCGCCGCCUCCCCAGUUUGACGAGGCGAUGAAGAAGGGCCCCGCGGAGGUGUUCAAGCUGUACAAGAUCCGCGAGGUCAUGGUCAAGCGGUGGUCCAGUAACCGCAACAGAUGA